UAGCCUGCCGGUCAGAUGCGGCGAAAGCCACGCUCGGUUGGGCAGGGAGCUCCCGGGGUAUUGCCUAGGCAGCCGUCCGUCAGACAGAGGGAAACCUCUGCAGGCUCGGCAUCUGGUCUGGUCUGGUUAUUUGUGCGCACCUGGUCUGGUUAUUUGUGCUGUUUAGCACUUGGUCUGUAGUUCUAGUGAUUUUGUCUGUACUCACUGUGAAAUUAGUGAUCUGAUCCGUAUUUUCUGUUGUUCUGGUAAAGUUUCCUGUGUUAUCUUUCUGUGUCGGUAUGUCUGAUUCAAAGGUAUCACCGUUAAGUUGCUUACUGAAACAUUGGAAAGAAGGUGGGUUUGGACAGUCUAUGCAUAAAAAGAAGUUAAUUGAGUAUUGCACUCAUUGGUGGCCUGAGUAUAAGUUACCAAAUGAAGUGCAGUGGCCGCCGGAGGGCACUUUGAACCAUGAAAUAAUUGGUGAAUUAAUGAGGUUUUGCCAAAGAGAGGGCAAGUGGGACGAAGUUCCAUAUGUCGAUCUCUUCUUCUAUCUCGAGCGAAAGCAUGAUUGGAGGGAGGGCUGUGGGUUAAUGUUAGUACAAGGUAACAGUAAUAAUAAGUGUAAUAAGUGUACGGGAUGCGCAGUAGACAAGAAAUGUAUGACGUGUUUAGCUGUAGAAAAUAGCAGUGGUAAUGAUUCAAAGACGGAUUUACUGUGUCUUGAUGUUGCGCCUUCUGAGGAAGCGGUACCAAUUAGACCCUCCGCGCCUGUCCUUCCCGUUGAUAGUGAUGAUGAAUCAAGUGAUGAAAAGGAGGCAAUAACUGGUGUAAAAGGAAUAACCGUAACCCCAAUAUCUCACCGAACUAGAAAUAGGGAAAAAGAAAAGGAUGGGCAAAAGGGGGGAGGAUCAUCAAAUGUGAUAGCACCCCUGCGGCAAGCAGUAGGUGUUGGGGGGGAACCAGUCUAUGUAAAAGUCCCGUUUUCGCCGGGGGAUUUAGUGAUCUGGAAGCAGUCGGCUGGCCCUUAUCGGGAAAACCCAGAUAAGGUUGCAAAGGUGAUUAAGAUGAUAAUUAAGACACAGAAUCCUGAUUGGGAUGAUUUGCAAGUCAUUUUGGAUACAUUAAUGGAUUCCACAGAAAAGGAUAUGGUUGUACGGGCUGCAAGGGAUAAGGUGAGAGAAGAUAUCCGGACUGGGAGAGUAGAGGGCAAUGUUGAUGAGAAUUUUCCAAAGGAAGAUCCCCGAUGGAAUUAUAAUACAGGAGGCGGGUUGUGCCGUCUCCGGAGAUAUCAGGAAUGGUUAUUGAUUGGUGUUCAAACCGCUAUGCCAAAGCAAAUGAAUUGGUCAAAGUUGUAUAAUGUAAGGCAGGAAAAGAAUGAGUCUCCCUCAGCCUUUUUAGAAAGAUUGAAAGAAGCUGCCAAAAGAUAUACAGAUUUAGACAUAGAAGCGGAACAAGCUAAAACUCAGCUGGCUCUAAUUUUCUUAGGGCAAUCUCAAGAUGACAUUCGGAAGAAGCUGCAGAAAUUAGAAGGUGCACAAUUAAGGGAUUUGGACGUAAUGUUAGAAACAGCUUGGAAAGUUUAUAAUAAUAGAGAAAAGGAACAAUCGAGACGCCACCAGCAAAAUUUGCUGGCCUUGAUCCAGGGACAAGGCAGGGGAAUAGGAGUCCGGGGUAGGGGAGCUGGAAAUAGUCGAGGAGGAGGUCGGGGACGCGGUUCGUGGAGUGCCCAAGGAACUCCCCUGAGACCCCUCAUGAGGCUUGGCAUAAAUCAGUGUGCCUACUGUAAGCAAGAAGGACACUGGAAAAAUGAAUGUCCGGCUAGGAGCCCUGUGGGUCAUAUGUCCGAUGCGACGGGAAAUGCAGUACAGACUAUGGUGUUGGGGGAAUACAAUAAUAACAGCUGACUAUAUGAAGGCACGGAAGUAAAAACCCAGAAUAAGGAGCCCUUAGUGACAAUACAAGUGGGAGACCGGGACGUAAAAUUUCUAGUAGACACGGGGGCUACUUACUCUGUAUUAAAUUCCUUACAGGGGGCGGUGGGUCACAAAGCUACAACAAUUGUUGGUGCCACAGGGAAGGAGGAAGUACGGCCAUUCCUGCAACCUUUGGAUUUGUGCUUUGGAGAAAAGGAACUAACCCACGAGUUCUUAUAUGUUCCAGACUGCCCAAUUUCUCUUUUAGGACGAGAUUUGUUGACUAAAUUAGAUGCCACGAUAACAUUUGAGGAUGGAAAUUUGGUAAUGAAAGUUCCGGAGUCAAAGGAAAGCAAAAAGUUAUUAGCUUUCGAAUGGGAGAAUCCACACAAUGGGAGAAAGGCCCAAUUAACCUGGACACACCUUCCACAAGGAUUUAAGAAUAGUCCGACAAUCUUCGGAAAUCAACUAGCCAAGGAACUUGAGGAAUGGACUACAAGAGGCAAUAUCGGAAUUCCUCGACAAUGGUAUUUGUUGUUGCAAUAUGUGGACGAUAUUCUGAUUGCUGCUGAGACUCAAGAACUUUGCAUUCAGGUAACAAUCGAAAUAUUGAAUCAAUUGGGAAUGAAUGGAUAUAAAGUGUCAAAAAAUAAAGCUCAGAUUGCAUCCACAACUGUGAUCUAUUUGGGAUGCGAGCUUUCUCAAGGACAGCGAAGACUGGGUAUAAACCGUGUACAUGCUAUCUGUGCGAUUUCAGAACCGCGUAACUUACAUGAAUUGAGAUCUUUUCUAGGAAUGGCAGGAUGGUGCAGGCUCUGGAUUAUGGACUAUGGGCUUAUUGCCAAACCUUUGUACGAGGCACAGAAGAAUAAGACCUUGGUAUGGGAAAAGCCACAACAGGAAGCUUUUCAAAAGUUGAAACAGGCUUUAAUGCAAGCGCCUGCUUUGGGCCUACCUGAUCUGAGUAAAGACUUUCAGUUAUUUGUACAUGAACGACAGAGACUUGCUCUAGGGGUAUUAACACAAUGGCUGGGAUCUUGGAAAAGGCCCGUAGGUUAUUUCUCUAAACAACUUGACCCGGUAAGUGCUGGAUGGCCGACGUGCUUGCGGGCGGUGGCAGCUACUGUGAUAUUAAUUCAGGAAGUCCGGAAACUGACUAUGGGGAAAAGGAUCGAAGUGUUUGUAUCCCAUAUGGUGACUACUGUAUUGGAACAAAAGGGGGGCCAUUGGCUUUCCCCAAGUAGGAUGAUGAAAUAUCAGGCAAUUUUAACAGAGCAGGAUGAUGUUAUCCUAAAAACAACUAACCUAAUGAAUCCAGCUGUGUUUUUAAGCGCAGAGACUGAAGAAGAAAAUCUGGAACAUGAUUGUGUGGAGGUCAUUGAAUAUACCCACGCAAGUCGACCUGACCUGAAGGAUACCCCAUUGGAGGAGACAGAUUGGGAGCUUUUUACUGACGGCAGUAGUUUUGUGGAAAGCGGAGUGCGAUACGCAGGAUACGCGAUUACUACUGCCAAAAUAAUAAUUGAAGCUAAAUCCCUGCCACCAAACACAUCAGCACAGAAAACUGAGUUGAUAGCCCUAACUAGGGCAUUAGAACUCAGUGAAGACAAAAAGGUCAAUAUUUGGACUGACUCAAAAUAUGCAUUCGGGGUUGUUCAUGUACAUGGAGCUCUUUGGAAAGAGCGUGGACUGCUCUCCUCCCAAGGAGCAAAUAUCAAGUACCAAAAAGAAAUAUUGAACUUGAUCAACGCUGUUCAAAAGCCAUCACUAGUUGCCAUCAUGCACUGUAAAGCUCAUCAGAGUGGAACAUCGAAAAUUAUUGAAGGAAAUCGACUCGCUGAUCAAACAGCCCGAUCAGUGGCACGACGAGUCUGGAUGAUGGUGGGUCUUGUCUCCCAGAAGGACAUUGAAUCGGCUCAGAUCUGUAUUAGUGUGGAAUCGCCCACUAGCACUUGAGAAUCCAGUACAUGAUAUAGAGCCUGGAGACACGGUGUAUAUAAAGACUUGGAGAGAAGAUCCUUUAAAAGAACGUUGGGACGGACCUUAUCAAGUACUUUUAACUACAUUUACCGCAAUCAAGGUUGCUGAAAUAGACUCCUGGAUACAUUACACCCGAGUGAAGAAAGUCCCAAAACGGUGGCAAUCACAAUUAGUGGGUCCAACCACACUUAAAAUCAUAACGCAGGAUGUCUAACUUCUAUUACCGCUUUGUGUUUAUAGUAGUUUAUGUACCUAGACUGUAUGCCACACUGAUUUGCAAAGUCACUGGAGAACAAUCAUGCAAAACACGAAGAGCUAUAGGAGAUAGUGAUGAUGCUCAAAUGCCGCAAGUAGUGCAGAGUGUACAGAAUCAGGCAGAGAAUCUGAUGAUAGGAUUAAUUCGAGAUUUUGCACGAACCCAAAAUGCCAGUAGCAUCACUGCUUGUCUUCCCAUUCCGAAAUCGGCCGAGGACCCAAUACAAUGGGGAAUAAUAUCUACAACCUUACCGAGAAUGAAUAAAACUGGUAAGAUAGUAUGUGAAUCUCGUACUAGGCUGGAGCAAAUGCCAACCAAGCAAUGGGUAAAAAGUGGACUUAGAACAGAUAUAAUGUCAAGAGAAAGUUGUAGAAGUCGGAAAGGAAAAAUAGGAGAUAUCAUAUAUGACCUUAAAGGUCCGGUAGAAUUACAAAAGGAAAUAGGAGUAGAGUGCACAUAUGAAAAAUGGGCUGCUAAAAUGGCAUACGAAAAGGUUAAUCGGACCUAUUGGGAAUGUAAAGAUCAGGAUAAUCAGAACAUAACUGAAUCAUGGAAUCACAUGUGGACGCUGAGUAUAGUACAGCAAUAUCAAUAUAGUGAAGCAUUCCCAUGGUGUAUACGAUGGACCAAUGUAACAAGAGGAGUGACAGUACCAUGGUGGAACUGCUCUCGAGUGAUGACCUGCCAGACAGAUGU